UCCAUUUUGGGUGUGCUUGACAGAUCGAGCCUUUUUUUUUUUUGUUCCCUCUCUCUUUCUUCUUCUUUGGUCUAGUUUUGUUGUUGAUCUAUGAUUUCGGCUUUAGGGAUCAUUCUCGUUCCAUCGCCAUCUCUCAGCCGUUGCUCGGAUCUCUUCGGAGUCUCGAACGGGAUUAUGCUAGGCAAGCGACGCUGCGAAAAAAAAAAAAAAGAUACUGCUGUUGAUCGUCAUCAUCCGCCCUCUCGCGACACAUACGGUACUGUGGACCAUCACCACCAUGUCACCCACCGUGCUUAGUGCUUUCUUCUGCGGAUGCGGACGGUCGGCUGUUCUCACUCGCGUACCCCUGA